UCGAGUGGCACACAGGGCUCUGUGAGGUACGAGAGAAGGAGGCACGGAAAAAAGAGAGAGAGACGGAGCCCUCGGGAACUAUUCAAUCAGAAAUAAACAAAAACACACUUCUCUUCAUGGACUGUAAAAUUAAAAGAUUAAUUAUCAUAUGCUUGGAUUGGAAGAAUCAACACACGGACGACCUGAAUAACGGAAUUCACUUUUGGGGGUUAUUUUGGUACACUCCGAAUUAAUAUAUUUUUGAGGUUCAAGCAACAUUUUCGAAAUAUCGCUGAGAAGGAACAACUAUCCCCUAGCCAGCCUUCAAGAUGGAGGAGGAACAGUGCUUCUACAAUGAGUCCAUUGCCUUCUUCUACAACCGCAGUGGAAAGUACCUGGCUACAGAGUGGAAUACCGUCAGUAAGCUGGUGAUGGGGCUGGGUAUCACAGUAUGUAUCUUCAUCAUGCUGGCUAACUUGCUGGUCAUGGUGGCUAUAUACGUCAACCGCCGCUUCCACUUCCCUAUUUACUACCUGAUGGCCAACCUGGCCGCCGCGGACUUCUUUGCCGGCCUGGCGUACUUCUACCUGAUGUUCAACACGGGCCCGAACACGCGGCGCCUCACGGUCUCCACGUGGCUGCUCCGACAGGGUCUCAUCGACACGUCCCUCACGGCGUCCGUGUGUAACCUCCUCGCGAUCGCCAUCGAGCGCCACAUCACCGUUUUCCGCAUGCAGCUGCACACGCGCAUGUCCAACCGGCGUGUGGUGGUGGUGAUUGUAGUCAUCUGGACCUUGUCUAUCGUCAUGGGAGCCAUCCCGUCGGUAGGGUGGAACUGUAUCUGUGACAUCGGCACGUGUUCUAGCAUGGCUCCGCUGUACUGUAACUCCUACCUGGUGUUCUGGGCCAUAUUCAACCUGGUCACCUUCCUGGUCAUGGUGGUGCUGUACGCUCACAUCUUUAUGUACGUGAGACAGAGGACCAUGAGGAUGAGCAGACACAGCUCUGGGCCACGCAGGAACAGAGACACCAUGAUGAGUCUGCUGAAGACUGUCGUCAUCGUAUUGGGUGCGUUCAUCGUGUGUUGGACUCCAGGCCUCGUUCUCCUCCUCCUCGAUGUGUUCUGUGCCAACUGUAACGUCCUGGACUUUGAGAAGUUCUUCCUGCUUCUGGCUGAGUUUAACUCUGCUAUGAACCCCAUCAUCUACAGCUACCGGGACAAGGAGAUGAGCGCCACCUUCAAGCAGAUCCUGUGCUGUCAGCGCCAGGAGAACGUUAACGGGACGGCAGCCGAGGGCUCCGACCGCUCAGCCUCCUCUAUCAAUCACACCGUGCUGAGUGGAGGGAAACAAAACAAUGAUCACUCAGUGGUGUGAGAGGAGGAGAGGAGGACAGGAGAGGGACUGGGGCUGGAGACAGGAGGAGAGGGACUGGGGCUGGAGGUGGAGAUAGGAGAGGGGCUGGAGAGGAGAGGACAUGGGAGGAACUGGGACU